AGAAGGUCAGACUUUACCCAAAACGCCUUCCAGGCAGAGGGCGUCACCAAGCGUCAACCCACUUACGACGUAUUUUUGAUUCCCUGGCGCACCUCGCAAGCCCGCAAGCCCCCCCAGGGUGCUAACUGGCUGACUUUUCUGUCUGGGUCAGACUUUCCCACCGAGAACAAAGUGACAGGGGUUCCAAACCUCUCCUCGACUCGGCCUGUGACUCGCCAAGGGCUCAAAGCCCACUUUUUGGGCUUUGCACACUGCACCUGGACAUCCGGAUUCAAGGUUCCCACCUGCCCUCCGGCCCAUGCUUAGCGCGAUCUCUCGAUCUUUCUCCGCCCAUCUCGCUCUCUAAGACUUGCUCAUCUUCAUUCUUUCACCAUCCAAAGCCAACCUUCGACCCCGAAAUCCAUCAAAACCCCCUCCAUCGCCACCAACGACUCCCAGUACUCCUGCACAUGCGCCCUCUUCUCCUCUGAAGUCCUCUGUUGCAUCUCCUAUCCUUGCACGUUGUACUUCGACAUCCUCUUCGACGACACUUUGCCUGCCGACUAGACAAGCCAAGUACCGGGCACGUCUUCAACUCCUCGACAGCGAUCCUUGGGAGACUGCGCACUUUGACCAUUUUAUCCCGCCAGACUAAGGAGGCAGGAUUCAUCCUUUAAUCGCCUUUGGUGCUGGUCUGUGUCCUCAACCAGGCAAAAGUCGGGAGUGCCGGUCAAGACGGCUUCUUGCACUGUUCAUACCCAUCUCGUUGGUGCAACGACAACAGAACUGGGCCUAGGCUUUGCGUCACGUUGGAGCGGACGGUCUUGCAACCUCGUACGGAAAGGUACAUUGGCAGCAAAACGUUGCUCUUUCCGUGGUCCUGGUCUGGCCUCAUGAUCCAUCGUGCUAUCCUCAAACAAUAGAAUAAUCAUUAUUGCUGGAAGGAGAUUGGAUAUCCAACUGUCACCACAAUGGCAACAAUAGAAGCCGCCCCUCGACCCAGAGAGGCGUUGCCGUCUAUAAGUCAUCUCGAUCUCGACUCCGUCAGAACCGACAGGAACGACCUUUCGAGGUAUUCCAUGGGCAAUGGCCUGAGCAUCACAACGGCACCCUUGGCCAGUCCCACGGCGUCCAUGUACUCGGGCCCGCCUCAGCCAUAUUCAUGUGCCCCGUCAACGGCAGGGUCUACUACUGGCGUGUCGGGGUACAUCUCUCCUCCUGAAUCCACUACUCGACGCUCGACUAGGGAGGAGAAGGAAUCGCCUGACAUUCGCAAAUCCCUGCCUUCCAUCCAUGAAGCUCUCGGAGACAAGUCGCUCCCCUUUCAAGGCACAGCCCAGCAUCAAUCCUUGCCUACGCCUUCGACAGCCGUUGGUCCGUCGUUCUCGGAUGGCCCCAAGGGUCCUGUCAAUCCCUUUUCUCAACCACCACCGCCCGUCCUCCGAGAUGUAUUUUCGGUGCCUCAGAUGGCAGCGUCUACCCCGACAGAGCCGCAGACCGCGAAGCCGCCUUUCCCUCCGCCAUCUGUUCCGGCACCUGAUCCGCGUCAACCAGUCUCUCAGGCUUUUGGCUACCCAGGCUCUCCAAGUUCUCAGCAGCAGCCAUCAAACUUUCGUUCGUCCUCUUUGGCGAAUACCACGUUCACGAGCCACAACGAGACUGCCCCAACUAGAUCUCCCCAAACUUACGAGCCUCCUAGACAGCAACCAGCGUUCCCACAAUUCAGCAAUCCGCCCUCCUCAAAUGCACCAACCACUACAAACGAGCCAUUUCAAUUCACCGCAGGUUCGAAACCUGCGCGCGAGGUUCAGUACAACGAAACCAUCAAACGGCAUUUGGACGUAUUUGACCUCGAGAUAGGGCUCAAUGAAAUUAGCGAAUCCUGUCUCCGCACGCUGGAUUUUUGCCGAACUUGGGGUCAGCGUGCUCACCAGAGCAAUCAGGUGGGCUAUUUGAAUGAGACUCUCCCCUCAAUAGCGGAGCUGGACGAGAUUCUCCGUCAUACCCAUCGCUCCUACGAACUCCUCACCUACGUGCGAGAAAUGGUAGUUGCUCAAGAAAACGCCAAGGUGGAGCAGCAAGCCCGACUUGCUCGGGGCGCUCAUGCGGAAGAAGAGUACCCAACAGCGCCCGACGAAUACAAAAGCGGAGGGUACACUGGAGGCGAUGCAAAGAAGCGACGCGGAAAAGCCGCGCCGCCAGGACGAUGUCACAGCUGCAACCGCGCCGAGACGCCCGAAUGGCGAAGGGGUCCUGACGGGGCACGCACAUUGUGUAAUGCAUGUGGCCUUCACUAUGCCAAAUUGACACGAAAGUUGGGCGUCAACAAAGCUGCAGCUAUGACUGGAGCAAACCUACGGCCCAAAAAUGCCGAUUCCAUGCGGCCGUAAACUGUGCCUGCUUCUAACAUGGAGGCCGGGUUUUGAAGACGGAAGAUGGAUGAAGGCGACGAAUCUACUUGUUGACACAUGCAAAAUCUCUUUUAGGAGACACGUUUACGACUAUGUGGUUGAAUGCUCGGGCACUUUUUACGACGAAACCUUGAGGAGUUUAAGCGGCGUCUUUUACUUUAUUUCAACGAUGCCGACCGGUACACAACAUUGGAACACUAUGGCAAGGGUGUGUUUGCUCAACGGACUGUACAGAUGAAGCUUGGAGUCGUGGAACGACCAAAAAAUAACUUGGGGGGGCAAAAAGACGGCGUCAACGUGUACAGUCUUUGUGCCUUAUUAGAGGCAUCAUGGGGAGCAUGGGCGAAAGCGUUGUCGGGGGGUGGUCAUGUGGGCUUGUUCUCUCUGAUACCCCGACCAAGGCCUUAUUAGAGGCACAUGGAGCAUUUUGGCUCUUGAAAAUAUGUUUUACGAUAUUGUUAUUGCUUAGUAAACGGUGGCAUACCGGUGGGACGGUUGCUGGACGGGUGGGUGAUGGAUCAGAACGGUUGUGUGGAGGACGGAUCUGGGGGCUUUCGUGUUUCGCCUGUUUCGAGGUUUGGCUUGACACUCCCAACGAAGGAACAAAAUGCAGACGGAAACCAAACGAGCUGAUCCUCAAGCAGGUGCAUGGUUUCCCCUCUUCUGCCUCUAUUCAACUUUGGUCCUUCCCGGCGGCAGCGACAGCGACCGUCGGGAAGGCUUCUCAAGGGGACCAUCAUUCUCACACAGGACGGAAUAUUCAAGCAAAGGUUGCAACUACAAAACAACAGAGAUCAUUCACAAAUACUAUGGCAACAGCCGAAUAGCUCUCAG